ACGACAUGCAACUAGUCUCACGCAAUAUCGUUUGCAUAUAAGCUCAAUAUAAGCUGGCAGCAUUCACUUCUUCGCCAUUGAUGAAAAUUUAAAUAAAUUUGCGAGACGGUAAUCACAAUCUGGAAACAUGAAAUAUAUUAUCAUACUAGUGGUACUCGCAACAAGUGCUUUCUUGGUACACAGCGCACCACAGAUGAUGCCUGGAAUGGGUGGAAUGCCUGGAAUGGGCGGAUUCCCUGGAAUGGGUGGAAUGCCUGGAAUGGGUGGAAUGCCUGGAAUGGGUGGAAUGCCUGGAAUGGGUGGAUUCCCAGGAAUGGGUGGAAUGCCUGGAAUGGGCGGAAUGCCUGGAAUGGGUUGAGGAAUGUUUUGAAAGAAUGAGAGCAAACUUCAAAUUUUAUCUCUGUUUUGACUGCCAGCUCAGAAGUUUGAAUUGAAAACCGAAGAAGAAAAUAUCUCGAGCUAAAAUGUUUGUAAAGUAAAAUUCUGCACUAUUUAUAAAAUAAAUCUUGACAAUCAUAAAAUGAAAUGAAGUGAACUGUACAUAGUAAAAAUAAUUCUGUAUA